ACCUAACAGACUCUGACCCUUCAAAUCCUUAGCCUUUUCGUCUUCUCUUCAAAAGCUUCCCCUUAUUUCUCUGUUUCCCGAGAAAAUCCAGAGAGAUAGUAAAGACGCCAUCGUUUAUUUUUCUCCAAGAUUCAGCAGUAAAGUUCGCCGGUUCAUCAUCGAAAGUGGAGAUGGAGUCAUCAAAGGUUGAUCAAGAAGCCGGGAAAGUCGAAGAAACAUACCAGAAAGUUGAUACAGAAUCAGAAGAAGCGAACGUCACUCGUGUUCUAGCUCUUGAUAUGAUACUCAAGUCUCUGUUGAAGAUUAGCGUCUUCUUGAGCGAUUUUAUGCUGGAGUUUUGUCAAGAAACACAUCACAGCUUCACAGAAGACGGUGAAUACGCCGUUCCUCCUUCGACCCAACUUCGUGAUUUUCUUCUCAACAAUCUAAACGUCACUCAUCAUCCUCUGGAAGCAAACGGUGUGUUCGAACUCCUGGUAACCGUCUUGGAGCUUUUACCUCUGUGGAGAAGUGUAAACGAACCUCUGAGUUCCAAGUUUGAAGUAUACGAAGCGGCGAAAAAGAUUUGUAACCGAUGCAAAUUGGUUACGGAAUAUCCGGUUGAACGUUCUUACGGUCUGAUCGUGGUUGCUAGUUCACUCAGGGAAAUCAAGGCAAUCUGCAUUCAAGGAUUUCACAUUUGA